GCCACAAAUCAAACGCUUUCACGGUGCUGGUUUAGACAGAUAUGUAUCAGUAAGAGUUUUUAUAACUCUCCACAUCUGCAUCCUCAUAGUGUUGCGUACAUGUAUUCUGUAGAUAAAUACGAGCUAUUUAAUUUACUGUUUUACGCUCCAGAUGAUAAAUUUAGCCUGUGCUGUACGACAGCUGUACGACUGACAGUAGAGAUAGUGUGAUAAUCCGGACGCCGGUGCGGACGGUAUGACGUAUGACGCUCAUCCAGAUCACGUCCAGAUCGAAACGGGCAGGGUUGGGGAUGGAACCGAGAAUCCUUGGGUUCUGCGUUCUGCAGCGACUGCCGCGAGCUUUCGCGCCACGUGCUCCGAGCUCGAAGGCAGCAAAGUCGCACAGCCAGCACAGAGAAGGCAAAGGGAGGCGCCAAUCAACAAGAAAAGAAGCGAACGGAAGCGCAGAGGCCCGCAUCCCGGAAGUCGGCCCGGGUCACAUGACGGGAUGUGGGCCGCUGGAGGAGGAAGGACCCCACGGGAGGAGGAAGGGGGAGCGCUUCUCCUGCUGGGCGUCCGUUUCUCGGGACGCGCUUUAAAAAUGGCCUCCGACCACAACCGCCGCAGGAUCCUCGAGCUGCUCAAACUGCCCGGGAACAACGAAUGCGCCGACUGCGGAAAGAAAGACCCGGAUUGGGCGUCGUACAACCUGGGCGUCUUCCUGUGCUUGGAGUGCUCGGGCAUCCACCGCAGCCUGGGGUCACACGUGAGCCGGGUGCGCUCGCUGCGCCUGGACCGCUGGGAGGACUCGCAGGUGGAUGCACUCGCGGCCGUGGGAAACAUCGUCGCCCGGCAGCACUACGAGGCGCACGUGCCGGCCUCCUACCGACGGCCCACCCCAGAUGACGUGGGCGUGGUCAAGGAACAGUGGGUGAGAGCCAAGUACGAGCGUGAGGAGUUUGUACACCCGGACCGUCAGGUGUACCAGGAGGGCAGCCUGGAGGGUUGGCUCAACAAGAGGGGCAAGGAGGAUGGACGCUUCCACCCGAGGCGCUUUGUCCUCCGCAACGGCACCCUUAAAUACUACGUCAAGGAGGCCCACAAGGAACCCAAGGCAGCCAUCGCAGUGGCAGAGCUGAAUGCCGCAUUCUGUCCAGACAAGAUCGGGAACAAGCACGGCCUACAGCUGACCUACGUCAAGGACGGCUCCACGCGCAACAUCUUCCUCUACAGCGAAGACGGCAAGACGAUAGUGGACUGGUACAACGCCCUGCGGUGUGCCAAGCUGCAGCACCUGCAGGUGGCCUUCCCGGGGGCCAGGGAGUCGCAGCUGGCCCAGCACCUGACCAGGGACUUCCUCAAGGAGGGCUGGCUCUGGAAGUCCGGGCCCCGGCCAGUGGACCAACACCGGCGUAGGUGGUUCACGCUGGAUGACCGCAAGUGGAUGUACCACGAGGACCCCCUGGACGCCUACCCCAAGGGUGAAAUUUUCCUGGGCCACCGAGGGGAAGGCUACACGGUGGUGAUGGGGGCACCGACGGGUUUCAAGGAGAUGGCCUUUGCCUUCACGGUCAGCACCCCAUACCGCAAGUUCGUCAUGGGCGCCGAAAACGAGCGGGACCGCUCAGAGUGGAUUGAUCUCCUUGCCAAGGUCAUGGAGAGGCCCCUCAGCCCCCAGGACAGCAACAUGGCUGCAACCCUGGUGAGAAAGCGGCCCUCGCUUUCCUCCUCGCUGCAUAUCCUCAAGGUCAGGUGACCAACUCUCAGAUUUUAGGUCGGCCCCAAGUUGGGCCGACAUCAAUGGGAGAUACAUUCCGGUUGCUUCUCAUCACCCCCUCGUAGUGGUACAGUGAAAGAAGAAAGCGUUAAAACGACAUGAGGAUAGACAUUAUUGCACGAAUCUGUGCAGCCGUCUGGAAGCCACAAAGGAACACACCUUCAGGCGGGGCACCGGGUGGAAGCCUCCAGCACCAUCUGCGCAAAUUCAAAAGCGCAACUCCGAGAACUCUGAGAAGCAACGCUCGACGCGGCGGGCAUUUAUUACGGGUUCGGUCGCAAUGACGGCAGUCCACGUGGUGGUUCCCCGGGGACUAGAACAGCAGCCCACACUGUCACGGUGUCCUGCACCGUGUUGCGAAGAUUUUGCGACGCUCGAAGAAUGGAAAGUCAGGAAAGACCAGCUCAGACGGGUCAGUGCCGCAACUUGAGAUUGUAAGCUGGAGUGGAGUCGCGGAGUCUGGCUUGAAACUGUUCGUCCACUUCGAGGGAGUAUGUUGCUUCUUGGAAUAUGCUGCUCGUAGAGGUCUGCGACAGGAAGUAGAAAAAGACUAAUAAAGACAGACAACUGCUACAUCACAAACCAAUCACGAUGCCGAAGGUCGAUCUAAAAAGCCGGUCCGACGCAGUGAGCCAAGAUUUUUCUCAAAAGGAUGUUUCAAUGGUUCGUCUUGGUGUCCGCUUUCAUCGCGCAAACACCCCACCGUUUUCAGACUACCCAUUCGGCGCCGUUUAAAACCUCGUUCAAAAGGCAAGCGUCAUGCUUAAAAGCUUAGCCACAUGAAUGUGACCACCAAGAUACACACUCGAUAUUUUUUAACUCACCAAGUUGAAACUCAAAUGUUUAGCAAUUGUACGACAAUGUACGGAUACGAGACGUCCCAGACUCCCUAUUAUAGUAGCUUGCAAGUUCAUACUACACCUAACUGUACGCAACAUACUCAAAAAGCGUCCGAGAGAAUCUAUGUGCAGGUUGGAGCAAAUGCUGUCCUAGAGACAUUUUUAUUACGCGGGUGCAUAGCACUCUUCGUGCAGAACCAUAUCACCAGAAAACGGCCAGACUGUUCUAGGGUAGCCAAGACGGCACCCCCAUCUCUCUCUCGAAUCACUCGCUCGUUUUACUUAGUGUGCCAUGCAUCUACAGUAGGCUUUUCUAUGCAUCCUAGUCCUGGCACUCUAAAAAAAAAAAAAAAAGAAGAAAAAAAAAAGUACCAGGAGAUGUCUGCCUUACCAGAAUAAAGCCUUGACUCUCAAAGAG